AUGCCCAGGCCCGAUAGGAAGAACUAUGCCUCUGCCAAACUCUCUGAGUUGCUGCCAGAAGAAGUUGAAGCAGAAGUGAAAGCAGCUGCAGAGAUAUCAAUGGGAACAGAGGUUUCAGAAGAAGAUAUUUGCAAUAUUCUGCAUCUUUGCACCCAGGUGAUUGAAAUCUCUGAAUAUCGAACCCAGCUCUAUGAAUAUCUACAAAAUCGAAUGAUGGCCAUUGCACCCAAUGUUACAGUCAUGGUUGGGGAAUUAGUUGGAGCACGGCUUAUUGCUCAUGCAGGUUCUCUUUUAAAUUUGGCCAAGCAUGCAGCUUCUACCGUUCAGAUUCUUGGAGCAGAAAAGGCACUUUUCAGAGCCCUCAAAUCUAGACGGGAUACCCCUAAGUACGGUCUCAUUUAUCAUGCUUCACUUGUAGGCCAGACGAGUCCCAAACACAAAGGAAAGAUUUCUCGAAUGCUGGCAGCCAAAACUGUUUUGGCUAUCCGUUAUGAUGCUUUUGGUGAGGAUUCAAGUUCUGCAAUGGGAGUUGAGAACAGAGCCAAAUUAGAGGCCAGGUUGAGAACUUUGGAAGACAGAGGGAUAAGAAAAAUAAGUGGAACAGGAAAGGCAUUAGCAAAAACAGAAAAAUAUGAACACAAAAGUGAAGUGAAGACUUACGAUCCUUCUGGUGACUCCACACUUCCAACCUGUUCUAAAAAACGCAAAAUAGAACAGGUAGAUAAAGAUGAUGAAAUUACUGAAAAAAAAGCCAAAAAAGCCAAGAUUAAAGUUAAAGUUGAAGAAGAGGAAGAAGAAGAAAAAGUGGCAGAAGAAGAAGAAACAUCUGUGAAGAAGAAGAAGAAAAAGGGUAAAAAGAAACACAUUAAGGAAGAACCACUUUCUGAGGAAGAACCAUGUACCAGCACAGCAAUUGCUAGUCCAGAGAAAAAGAAGAAAAAGAAAAAAAAGAGAGAUAACGAGGAUUAACAGAAAGGAAUUACGA